AUGAAGGAGGACAAGGAGAACACGAGGCCCCGCGAGAAGCGGCCGGCCGCCUCCUCAGCCGCCUCAGCCGCCGCCUCAGCCGCCUCAGCCGCCUCCUCGGCCCUCGCCGCCCUCGCCAUCGCCCCCGCCACCGUCGACGGCGCCAAGGUGGACGAGAAGCAGGCGGACCGCCUCAAGGACAAGAAGGAGACGCUCAGCAAGGUGGUCAUACGGCGUCUGCCCCCCAGUCUGACCAAGGAACAACUCGAAGAGCAUCUUCAACCUUUGCCUGAGCACGAUUAUUUUGAAUUCUUUGCUAACGAUUCUAGCUUGUACCCUCAUAUGUUUUCUCGAGCAUAUAUCAACUUUAAAAACCAAGAGGACAUUGUUUUGUUCAGGGAUCGAUUUGAUGGUUAUGUCUUCAUUGAUCACAAAGGCCAAGAAUAUCCUGCCAUAGUGGAAUUCGCGCCUUUCCAAAAAUCGGCAAAAAAGAAGAGUAAGAAAAAAGACGCGAAAACCGGGACGAUUGACGAAGACCCAGAGUAUAAGAAGUUUUUGGAAAGCUAUAGUGCCGAUGAUGAGAAACUAACAUCCACUCCAGAAACUCUGUUAGAAGAAAUAGAAGCAAGAAACAAAGAACUGAUAGCUAAAAAGACGACUCCUCUUUUGAACUUCCUGAAAAACAAACAGAGGCUCAGAGAAGAAAAGAGAGAGGAGAGACGGAGAAGAGAAAUAGAACGGAAAAGGCAGAGGGAAGAAGAAAGGAGGAAAUGGAAAGAAGAAGAGAGACGGAAAAGGAAAGAUGCCGAGAAGCUGAAGAAAUUAGAGAGAGGGCCCGAGAAGGAGAGGGACAAAUCGAAGGACGAACCAAAGAUUAAGCUGCUCAAGAAGCCAGAAAAAGGAGAUGAGAUGGAAUCAGAAAAAAGGGAAAAACCCAAGAGACUGGACAAAGAGAAUCUGAACGAGGAAAAAUCCAGUGGGCAGAGUAGCACGUCGGCCAAGCGCUCUGAUGGGGAGGCCAAAGAAGACAAGGCAAAGAAAUCUGAAGAUGAGGGUGGAAAAGACUACAGGGAAAGGGACAAGGAUUUUGAGAGAGACAGAGAUCGGGAGAGAAUGCAGCGGGAGAGAGAGAAGAUGAGACGGCAAGAAGAAGAGCGUCGUAGGCAGCGGGAACGCAUGGAGAAAGAAAGGGUUUUUCGAAGAAAAGAGGAAGAAGUGAGAAAAGAGAGAGACCCGCUUAGGGAUAAAGUAAAGAAGAACGAAAGCACGGACUUUAUAGGCAACUUAGAAAAAACUGACAAAGUGACCAAAGAGGACAAAAAAGAGGAUGCUGCUAAAAGAGAUCGCAUAAGAAACAAGGAUCGUCCUGCGAUGCAGCUCUAUCAGCCGGGAGCUCGGAGUCGAAGUCGACUGGGGCCGUACGACGACGGCUCCGCCAAGGCUGCGGAGCCUGCCCCGGACAAGAAGCAGGAGUGCGAGAUCGCUGGCAGAAAAGAGGAGGAGGAGUGAUUCACCCAAACGGCCUUAUGUGUUCUGACUGUCCGGACAGCCAAAGAGCAUGUACUCAGCAAUCCAGAAGUGCCUUCGGUGAGAAGGAGGAAGAGGAAGAGGGGUGCCCGCCGCCCUGAGAGGGCACCCCCUCACAAAGAGGAGCAUGUCUCUGGUUAGGGAGGUUCCUAACGCAGAUUCAGUCUUUCGAGGUGCGUUCUCAUUGUAUAUGCAGUUAUCAGAGUUUCAUCAUUUAGUAUCAGACUACAGCGAGGGAGACGGGGGGACGCACUUGCAACCCGCAACGGCGAAACGUCUUCCGUGGCCUUAACUACGACACGUGCGCGUGUGCCCGUGAGAUGCGGCUCUAAACCCGAACGUUUUGUGGAGCAAGGCUCCGAGCCGGUUUUUAAUGCUGUUUUGAUGUGGGGCCGGCUGAAAAUGUGAUUUUUGAGCCUGGCUCAGAUGGAGGGGUGCCGCGCCGCCGAGGGGCGAUGGCUGGGUCCGAGACCCCCCGGGGGAAGCAGAGAUUGAGGGCUCCCAUGGCGUGGCUGG